AUACAAGUACUCAACACAUCAUGUCCACUUCAUCUGCUUACAUUAAUAAGCAGUGGGUGUUGACCCUGGACAGGAAGACUUUGAGAAGUCUUUGGCCCUGAUGUUCAUCAUCUACAAUCUUCACAACUCCCUCUUCACUUGUAAGAUUCUUCACUGGCUCUGUUUCAACAUUCAGGACAUAGACAUACAGAAUCUUCACAAAAUAUAACCAGGUUGAUAGAGCUAGCAAGAUAAUCGGAACGAAGGUAGUAUGGCUGAGUCAUCUGACCCGAUACCUGAAGCUUGGAAGUCACUAUGGGAUAAAUGGGAUCUUCGGUCUUUCAUCUUCAUAAGUCUUUUCCUCCAGACAUUAUUAGUUUUAGUUGCUCCUUUGAGAAAGAGAACAUCACGCAGCUGGAUCAUUAUGCCACUUUGGUCAGCAUACUUGCUUGCCGAUUGGGCAGCUAACUUUGCAGUUGGACUCAUUGCCAGCAGCAAUGAUGACUCAACAUCAGGAAGCAAAAAAUCUACAGAUGCUGACCUUUUGGCAUUCUGGGCUCCAUUUCUUUUAGUACACCUUGGUGGUCCAGACACCAUAACUGCAUUUGCUCUGGAGGAUAAUGAGUUGUGGCUUAGGCAUUUAUUUGGCUUGUUAUUCCAAUGUGUUGCCGUAGUUUAUGUUUUUAUACAAGCCCUUCCAGUUAAAGAAAACCUGUGGAUCCCAACAUUGCUCAUGUUUUUAGCUGGGGUCAUCAAGUAUGCUGAACGCACACGUUCACUUUAUCUUGCGAGCGCUAGUAGCUUCCGAGACUCCAUGCUUACAGAACCAGAUCCAGGGCCAAACUAUGCUAAGCUCAUGGAUGAGUACUACUCAAAGAAAAUGGCUAGACUUCCAACAUGGAUAGAAAUGCUUCCCGAGCCAGAUAGAGUUGUUAAGGCUGCCAAUAUUUUUAAACCCGGUGAAUUGACAAAUUUGGAAGUGGUGCAGUACGCUUAUCGCUAUUUUGAGACAUUUAAAGGACUCGUGGUUGAUCUUAUAUUCAGCUUCCGUGAACGCAACCAGAGUCGAGACUUCUUCCUUGCAAGAACUGCGGAAGAUGCAUUCAGAGUGGUAGAGGUUGAGUUGAAUUUUCUCUAUGAAGUUCUCUUUACCAAGCUCCCUGUAGUAUACGAUAGGCUGGGAUACUGCUGCAGGUGUUUUUCCUUCAUUGCAGUAAUCAUGUCCUUGGUACUCUUCUACCACACGGAUAAGGAGAAAUUUGAAGGGUUUGAUGUGGGGGUUACUUACACUUUGCUAAUUGGAGCAAUUACACUGGACGUGAUUGCAUUUAUUAUGCUUGUGUUCUCAGAUUGGACUGUUGUUGCACUUCGGAAGUCACCGGAUCAAGUCACUUCAAGUACUAAAUCCAGAUCCCACAGGAUCCUUAGCUGGUUGCUGAAAAUAAAGACUAAAAGAUUAAAGUUGGAUUCUCUACCUAUCCUUUCCCGCAGGUGGGGUGAAACUAUGUCAACAUACAACGUGAUUUCUUAUUGCUUAAACAGACGUCCUAGAAAGAGAACAGUUUUAUAUGAAUAUGUGGGCCUUACUACCUUCUUGGAUGAGAUUUGGUAUGUUGAACGCAUAAGAUUUUACCCUAGAUUAAGAGACUUCAUUUUUGAAGAGCUGAAAGCUAAGUCUCUGAUGGCGGAUGAUUUGGAUACUUCUAGAGAAAUAUGUUCAGCUAAAGGUGAAUGGGUGCUUCGGAUAGAAGAUUAUGGUUGUAAAGAACUACUUCCAUUUGUUGUUGAUGUUGACUACGAUGAAAGCCUUCUUUUGUGGCACAUUGCUACCGACCUUUGCUACAAUGAUGAAAAGGAUAAGCCACAAAAUAAAGCUUACCGCGAAAUUGCCAAGCACAUAUCAGACUACAUGAUAUAUCUUCUCGUUAUGCAGCCUAACAUGAUGGCUGCGGUGUCAGGCAUCGGGCUAAUAAGGUUCCGAGAUACAUGUGCCGAGGCCACAAAGUUUUUCAAGAACAGUAAUGUAAGGCUUAGAAACUCUUGGUUCAUUUCUUGCUGUGGAGGCAGUAUAGAUCAAGAAGUGUUGCUGGAGGCUUCUAGACGUAUUCUGGCUGUCAAUACAGAAGUACCACCAAUUACUGUCAAGGGGGAUAGGAGUAAAUCUGUUUUGUUUGAUGCAGCCAUACUGGCCCAUAAACUGAAGGAGUUACCACAGAAAGAGAUCAAUAAAGAAAAGGUAGAUAAAUGGUACAUAAUAAGCAAGGUAUGGAUAGAGUUGCUAUCAUAUGCUGCAACUCAUAUCAGGUCAGACUCUCAUGCACAACAACUUAGCAGAGGUGGAGAUCUUAUUACUAUUGUUUGGUUAUUGAUGGCUCAUUUUGGCCUGGGAGAUCAAUUUCAAAUAAAUGAAGGCCAUGCUAGGGCAAAGCUGAUUGUGGGGAAGUAGCUUACAAAAUGUCUUCCAUCUGUUGUUAAUAAAUCCGCUGAUGCUGUCAAAUGCAUUUCAAUUAAUUGAUAAAACUGAAUAGGUAUGCCAAUAUUUUCAUUAUUUUUCUUUCUAAAUUUGAAAUUGUAAAUAUUGGUGCCAUGGUUUUUAUAAGUUUGAGAUGAUAGUCUCCAUUCGAUCCCA